AUGGAUGGCUACGCAAUUUGCUCAGAGAGUACAAGAUUAGCUUCUGCAGAGCACCCGGUUUUCUUUUGCGUCAAAGGUACAAUCGCUGCUGGCGAUGACUCUCUCACUCUCCCUUUGCGUCAUACGCGCGAUGGACCCGAGCCUUGUUUCGAGAUCAUGACUGGGGGACGAUUUCCGCAAGGUCAACUUGGAGAGGUAUUUAACGCAUGCGUCAAGGUCGAAGACACUAUCAGGAUUGCAGCAAAGGAACCAGGGCUCGGGACGUGUAUCGCCAUCAGCAAGCCGAUACCAAGAUACGCCAAUCGUCGGUUCGCCGGUGAAGACAUUCAGAAGGGAGAUCUAGUGAUGAAGAAAGGAGUCACUAUCCGGACAUCACACAUCAGGCCGCUCGCAUCUGUAGGAAUUGAAACGACCCAGUCUCAUAUCAGAGACGUCAAUGGAGUAUACUUGACGGCGGCGUCGAAAGAAGCCGGGGCCGAUGCAACCUUUGGCGGCUCAAUUACAGAUGAAGUGGAUGCUCUUGUUCAGACCAUAAAAGACCGAUUGGGAUCAUCGGCGGUGGAUAUCAUGAUUACAAGUGGAGGUGUAUCCGUUGGAAAGUUCGAUCACGUUCGUCAGGCACUGGAAACCCUUGGUGCAACCAUCGUGUUCCACGGCGUAGCUGUCCGUCCGGGCCAUCCGGCUCUCUUCGCACUACUCUCUUCUGCCUGGGGUGAGGUAGCUUUCUUUGGACUACCCGGUAACCCCGGCGCAGCAGCAGCCUGCUUCAAAUUCUUGACUGUCCCGUAUAUAAGCCAUCUUCUGGGUCAAGAGCCGGAGAAGCCUGUACUUGCGCGCUUGGAGAACCUCCAACUAGGUAGUUCAUCACGGAAGAGCAUUAUGGAUGCGCCCAACAGAGGACUCAACUGUGACAGGUUCAGACCUGGAGUUCUGCAAAUAACAGGCGGCGAUGGACUUACAGUCCACGAAGCUGCUGGGGUGUUGGGGCCAGCUAAGAUGGCGCCUUUCGUGCAGGCAAAUUGUUGGAUUCACAUCAAGACAACGAGGUCAUCGAGACGGGACAGAUGGUAUAUUGCUAUCCCAUGA